AUGCACCUGCCAGUGCGCGGCUUCUCGGACGAGAUCGUGCGGACGGUGAAGGAGUCGCGCGUGUCCGUCCUGAUCGGCGAGACGGGUUCUGGGAAGACCACGCAGCUGUCGCAGAUCCUGCUGGACGCCGGGCUCGUGGCCGACGGGACGAUGGUCGCGGUGACGCAGCCGCGGCGCGUCGCGGCCGUCACCGUGGCGCGGCGCGUCGCGGAGGAGCGCGGCACCCACGUCGGCGGCGAGGUGGGGUACGCGGUACGGUUCGAGGACCGCACGAGCGGGGCGACGCGGAUCAAGUACCUGACGGACGGGACGCUGAUGCGCGAGGUCAUGCUGGACCCGGAGCUGUCGCGCUACUCGGUCGUCGUGCUCGACGAGGCCCACGAGCGCUCCCUGAACACCGACAUCCUCUUCGGGGUAUGA